GUUGCUUGCGCGGAGGUGCCUUUUCAUGAACUCUUGUGCCAGAAAUUUCCAGUCCUUUCUCUCUCCUGACCACCUCGUCUCCCAUCUCCUCUCUCCACCCCCGACCCUCAAGAAACUCCAACAAAUCCAAGCCCAAAUCCUCACCAAUCCUCGCCUCCAAUCCAAUCCAAACCUCCUCUCCCACUUCAUCUCUCACUUCAUCCAAACCUACAAUCUCUCCAACUCCUCCCUUCUCCUCCGCCACCUCCCCAAGCCCCACCACCAACCCUCCAUAUGGAACCACCUCCUCCGCUCCUCCGCCGAGUCCUCUCCGCCCCCAGGAUUCCUCUCCGUCUACCGCGCAAUGCUCCAAGAAAACAUCUCCCCCGACCGAGCCACCUUCACCACCCUCCUCCGCCACUUCUCCGCUCUCCCCAACCCCUCCGAUGCCGUCGCAACACUCCAUUGCCAAAUCAUCAAACUCGGCCACGCUUCCGAUCGAUUCUUACUCACUGGUUUGUUGAAUUUAUACUCUAAAGUUGGCUGCUUGAACGCCGCGGAGCAACUGUUUGUGGAAAUGCCCGAGAGGGAUGUUAUCGCCAAUAAUGCAAUGAUUGCUGCGUUGAGUAGUCACGGGCGCAUCAUCGAUGCGCGGAGACUGUUUGAGUCAAUGCCGGAGAAGAGCUCAGCUUCUUGGAACUCGAUGAUCACUUGCUAUUGCAAGCAGAAUGAUGUUCGUGCUGCUCGUGAGAUAUUUGACAGGAAUCCGAUUAAGGAUGUUGUUUCAUGGAAUGCGAUGAUUGAUGGGUAUUGUAAGAUGGGGCAGCUGGAGAUGGCACGGGAGUUGUUUGAUAGGAUGGGGUUGGCGAAGAAUUCAGUGACAUGGAAUACGGUGAUCUCAGCGUGUCUUCAUCAUAGGGAAUUUGCUAUGGCGCUUUCGAUGUUUCAGGUGAUGCAAGUGGAGAAUGUGAGGCCUACUGAGGUCACCAUGGUGAGUUUGCUAUCUGCUUGUGCUCACUUGGGUGCAUUAAGUAUGGGUCGAUGGCUUCAUGCUUAUAUCCGGAAUCAUCGACUGAAGAUUGAUGUCGUCUUGGGUAAUGCUCUUAUAGAUAUGUACUUCAAGUGUGGGAGUGUUGAGGCUGCACUUCAAGUCUUCCAUGGGAUGUCUAUGAAAAAUGUGUUCUGUUGGAAUUCGGUCAUUGCGGGAUUAGGAAUGAAUGGUUAUGGAGAACAAGCCAUAGAAAUUUUUCUUGAGAUGGAUAGGAGGGGAGGAUUUAAGCCAGAUGGAGUAACAUUUGUUGGGCUCUUGUCAGGAUGUAGUCAUUCAGGUUUAGUAUCCGAAGGCAAGAAAUAUUUCUCUCGAAUGCUUGGUGUUUAUGGAAUACAGCCUGAGAUUGAACACUAUGGUUGUAUGGUUGACCUUCUAGGCCGGGCCGGAUAUGUUGAGGAAGCUUUAAAUCUCAUAGAAACAAUGCCCAUUCAGCCUAACUCUGUGGUUUGGGGGAGUUUGCUUCGUGCAUGCCGGAUACACAAGGAUGCUAAGCUAAGUGAACGGGUGACGCAACGUCUGCUAGAGUUAGAUCCUGAUGAUGGUGCUAAUUAUGUGUUUCUAUCGAAUGUGUAUGCAUCAUCAAAGCGUUGGGAUGAUGUGGAGAGAUGUAGGCAGAUUAUGAUCGAAAGAGGGGUGCAAAAAGUACCUGGAUGUAGUUCUAUCGAGGUGAAUAAUAUGAUUCAUGAGUUUGUCGUUGGUGAUGCCUCACACCCGCAAUUUGAACAGAUCAAUACUUUUCUGGUUGAGAUUGAACGGGAAUUGAGGAAACUUGGGUAUAGUCCAAGCACAGAUUCUGUGCUUCAUGACAUAGAGGAUGAGGAGAAGGAGAAUGCAGUUAUGUAUCAUAGUGAGAAGAUUGCGAUUGCUUUCGGGCUUAUGAGUACAAGGGGAAAAGAGCCAAUUCGAGUGGUGAAGAACCUUAGAGUUUGUAGUGAUUGCCAUGAAGCAACAAAAUUUAUAGCUAAGUUAUUUCAGAGAGAGAUAAUUGUUAGGGAUCGGAACCGGUUCCACCAUUUUAGAGAUGGAACCUGUUCUUGCAAGGAUUACUGGUGAAGAUAGAAGUAGAUGAUGGUUCCUGACUCGAAGUAAUCUGCUUUGAUGAAGUAAUGUAUGCUCGUUUAUUUUCAGUUGUUUUCAAAUGAUUCUUUGUAAUUUUGUAGUUUGAGUUUUCAUUUUCUUUUUUCUUUUUUUUAUUAAUAUGAUGGACUGGCAACAGAACAUCAAACCCACCAUGAAUGGAGUUUUUUGUUGUAACUGCUAUUAUGUCUGUUCCUAUAGCUAACAAUUUAUCAUAGUUUUAAGCUUAUUUAUAGCAAAUAAGCUUUACACCAA